AUUUUGCUCAUAAGAACCUUGACAGGCAUUUUUUGAUAUUACAGAUCCGUAAGGAGAGAAUCUCAGAAUUCAUUUUUGAAACCUAAGUUUUUGUUCGAAGGAAAAAGCUUGGGUUUCAAAAAGAAAUUCACAUUAAUGGGGUCUCCCCUCUUUAACAUUUCAGUUUUAGGAUUUACAUCACUUAUUCUUCUCCAACAAUUCAGCUUUUCAUACAGUUUGACAUGCACAUCACAGAAAUUCUCAGGAAGGAGAGAAUAUCAACAAUGCAAUGAUCUUCCACAAUUAAGCUCUUACAUCCACUGGAAUUACAUUGAAUCAAGAUCUGCAUUGGAUGUAGCUUUCGUUGCUCCUCCGGUUACGCCUAGAGGAUGGGUUGCAUGGGCAAUCAACCCAUAUUCACAAGGCAUGGUUGGAUCACAAACUUUAGUUGCGUAUAUGGAUGAUAAAGAUAAAAUGGUCGUGAAAACAUAUAACAUUACGUCUUAUCAGCCUACUCCGUCGAAGAUUGAUCUAAUGAUGUUAGAACUGGAGGCUGAAUAUGUUGAUGGUUUGAUAAAGAUUUAUGCAACUAUGAUAUUGCCAAAGCAUUUGGGCUCUACUGUGAAUCAUGUUUGGCAGGUUGGACCAUCUGGCAUGGACGGAAUGCUGGGAAAACAUGCAUUUGGUUCUGAAAAUAUGAAUUCUAUGGGAAAACUUGAUUUAGUUAAGGGAGAAAUUAGUUCUUAUGCUGCACCAGGAGGCGAGCUUAAACAUAAAUAUUUGCAUGGGAUACUGAAUGCCUUGAGUUGGGGAUUUUUGUUUCCUGUUGGAGUUAUCAUGGCGCGGUACUUGAGGACAUUCGAUUCAUUAGACCCGGCCUGGUUUAAUCUUCACGUAUCUUGCCAAGUUUUAGGAUAUAUUCUUGGAGUUGCUGGUUGGGGAACUGGUAUGAAGCUUGGGUAUGAAUCAAUAGGAAUUGAAUUCCCUCUGCAUCGUAAAAUUGGAAUUGCGCUAUUCUGCCUUUGUACCCUGCAGGUAUUGUUUGCACUGUUCUUGAGACCCAAGAAGGAUCACAAGCACCGCACGCUCUGGAAUUUUUACCACCACAUACAAGGAUGCUUGAUCGUCAUUCUUGGCAUAGUGAACGUGUUCCAAGGUCUAAGCAUCUUGAGUCCUGCAGCCAAAUGGAUAAAUUCCUACACACUGAUUCUCUAUAUAUUGUUGGGAAUUGCUAUAUUUGCCGAAGUUGUGACAUGGAUUGUAUACUGUAAGAAGAGAUCGCUAAGGCCUGCGAAUCCGUACCCAAGCGCUUAAUGGAAGGUGUCCCUCACUUAGCAAUCUAAUUAAAAACCUGUAUCUAUAAUAUAGUAUAUAUCUGGUCUAAAUGGAUUGUGUUCCUGUAAUAAUUCUUAUCUUCUAGACUUUUGGUUAAAGAUUGGAUUAGUUUUGGGGGAUGAUAUGGAAGUCCCCUUCUUGUGACCUGCAUGCUUUAUUUCGAAGCACCUGAAAGUAUGAGAAGUAGUUCAGAGUUUACAUUGAUUUCGGCACUGAUGCGUCUGUGGCCUUAAAUCAGUGGUGGCCUAGGGAAAUGAUUGUGGAAAGAAUAAAUCUACGGGUCAUACUUCACCAGGACACCCCUAGCCUCCUGGUGGAAUGGGUAAUGCUUUGCAACCCUGAGGUGGAGGGAUCAAGUCCUGGUAUUUACCCCUCGGGGGUGUUCGGGGGUAAUGUUUGUAGAGUUUAAUAAAGGUAUUCUAAAAUACCUUUUGUUUUAUAUUUGAACAAAUAAAAAUCAUCUACUAGUUCGUAGUA